UUUAAUAAGUCAGACUUCUUGACUACAUGAUUUCCCCUGCAGAGAGGCCAAAUCCACACAACCUCUUAGCAUCAAAGAUUUCUAACUUUUACCCCGUGAAAGUCUUGGCCAUCACUAUCUUCUCCUUAAAUUCUUAUAUUCCUUCGCAUGAUGAUUUACCCUCUAUAUACAGGCUACAUGUCCUGUCUGCAUCCUCCAUACAAGUCAAUCAAAGGAAGGUUCUUGCAGUUGCGGCUGCUAAGCUGAUCUGACACAUCAGUUGUUGCUGUUGUCCCAUAGUAUCGCAAGUUCUUGUUCUUUUUUCACAUCCCAAAUAACCUCUCUGUCCACAGUUUUCACCCAAUUCAAUCGAAGGCAAGGGAUGCCAUAGAUACUUGAAUUCUAAUGGCGGAAUCGGUCAGCACUGCGAUUGUCCAGGAGACAGUUAACCAAAUCUUAUCUGGUAUUGUUCAAAAAUAUGAGGAAAAAGAGGAAUCAAAUGCGAACAGAAACUUGGAGAGGCUAGAGAUGGCUCACAUCAGGCUAGAGGCAGCUCUUGAGACAUCUGAAAAGUGGAAGAUCACAGAUCCAUCCUUAUUGCGUUGGCGUAGGAAGCUGAAGCGUGCUGCUCAAGAGUGCGAUGACACACUGCACAAAUGCAAGCAGAGAAUCCUAGAAGAUGAACAAAUGGAACGGGAGGUAAAGAACACUUCCCUUCCUAACCGUGUUGUGCAUGCUACAAAGUCAUUUAUUUUCUCAGUCCUUAAUCGCAGCAACAAUGAGUUGAGCAGAUUCAUUAUUCAAAGAUUUGAGUGGUAUGCAGAUGGUGCUAGUGAGUUUCUGAGAUUCAUAGAGCUUGGUGGCACACCACGCUGUCACAUGCUAUUUGACUCCCUUGUCAAGAACCUUUUGGCGGGCAAGGUACUACAUCAUAAAAUCAUUCGGGGAAACAAGCAUCCAUCCUUUCAAUUAUGUUUGGAGCCAGUCUGUACUUCAAAUCAUGGAACAAAUGCUGGUUUGACAUUUAUCCAUUCUUUGGUUUGGUCGUACAACUCUCAGAGAGUACAGACAUAUUUGGGAUCGCAAUUAAGUGCUUGCAGUUUUUUGCUCCUCAUUUCAAGUGUCCAUUUGAAAAUAUUAGGAAUGAACUUUCUCAACUACCCACUCAAGACUUCUCAUGGGGGCCAUCUAUUUAUUCAUACCAUAAGGAACAUUGGGACAAAUUUCACAGCUUCACGUCUCAGUGGGCCCGACCAAACCCAUUUUGUUGCAAGGAGCAUGGUCAGCAUGAGGUUCGACGUUUUGGUAACCAAGACAUGGCAGGAUUAUCAGAUGUUUUGUUACAACCAGUAAUUAGGUUAGGUUUGUUUUGUCAAGUCUCAAUGUCUGUUUACGACGAGCAGAAGACCUCAAUGUCUGAAGACAUAAUUUCUUUGCAAGAAUAUCCAUAUCUGAAAGCUGGAAUCUGCUAUGCACCCCAUGGGUCUUUAGGGGGCAUGCUGCCAGCACAUAGGAGUUCUGAAAUAGUGGCUAUAGUCCACAAGGAGCAACAUUGCUUGCAUACAAACAUUCCCUUAGAACAGCUGGGAGACAUUAUGCUGCCAAAGGCAAUAGAUUACUUCCACCAGAAUGCCGAAAUGAUGGUUUACCAAAUGCUUUGGAAGUCUAAACAUGGCUAUGCACUCAUUCAGGUUGAGAAGCCAUUCGUGAGCACACGGAGAUCAAGCAUGAGAACACAGAGAACUAUUGGGGGAGCUACUAAAAGGAAACUAUUGCAAGGACAUGACGAGGAGCUUAUCAGGAAUCGGAUACGUGCCUGUCACAUACUUGACUUAUGGGUUACACAUGCUCCUGUCCAGUUGCAAAUGUCCAUGAUGAACUGGAAGAAGAAAGAAAAGGAAAUUCUAUUAGCAGCACCACAGCUACACCUGAAAUUCUAAAUAAUGUAACUUGGAUGUAAAAGAACAAAACAAUGAAGGACUCAAAAUAGCAUAAAUAAAAACAACUACAACAGCCGGGACCUAGGAGUCCUAUAUAUGUUCUACAUUAGGAACUUGUGCAACUGUAGCAGGUCACUUGUUCUUGGUUUCAAUUUAUGUGCCUUGCAUGUU